AUGGCCAACAAGACCUUUGACUAUGGUGAUCUCAGAAUCACCAUGACCUCUGGCUAUAGAUGGGUUUGGGACGACACUGGCAGCGGUGCUCGCCGGAGCGUCUGCUUGUGGACUCCCAACGCCCAAGGGAAUCUCUGUCCUGUCGGUGAUUACGCCGCACCGGAAGGGUACUGGGAAAUCAACGGCCACCGCGCUUCCCUCUUGGUGGGACAAAAUCCCAACACGACUCCAAAGAAACCCGCCGUAGCCAGGCCUACCGGCUACACCAAGGUCUGGGGCGACUGGGGCAGCGGCGGGAAGCACGACGGAAUCAUCUGGCACCCUACUGCCCCGGCAGGAUACGUCGCCCUCGGGGACGUUGGCACGUACGGCUACGACACCAAGCCCGAUGUGAACAGGAUAUGGUGUGUCCGCGAAGACCUCGUCGGCUACGGCAAGUUCUUGGCCACCAGCACGUGGGACGACGGCGGUUCGGGCGCAGGUUCAGACUGCUCUCUGUGGGCAGUACAGCCCGGCGACGUCGGCGUUGAUGGGGCGGAACGUCUCCCCGUGCUGGCCGAUACGUUUGUUGCCCGAAGCAACUACGCACGUCCUGGCGGUGAACAAGCGCGUGUUCUCCUGCUGCCGGUGCCCAAGAAGUACGACGAGUACGAUGUUGCCGUGCCCAAGGUUGAGGCUCGUCAUAUCCCAUCGAGAGGCGACCAGAUCCAAUCUACGGAGCAGUGCAAAGCGACGUUGCCGUUUCACUUCUUCUUUCCGCCAAAUCAUCAAGAUAGCCUGGACAAUAUUCGUAAUCCGUUCUUGACCGUAAGUCGGACCAUUGCCUGGUACGUGGAAGGCGUAUGGGUCAACGACGGCGAAGGCGACUAUUCUCGCCAGCAGAGGAUCUUGUAUGGUGUCAGCAAGGAGCAGCGUGAGGAGAUGACGCACACGGUUGGCGUCGAGAUAUCCGCCACCUACGGUAUCAAAUUGUCCAGUGUGUCGGUGACACUCAAUUACCAGUUUACGCAUACCAGUUCGACGUCCCUCACAGAGUACUCUGAGAGAGAGGUGACCGAGACGAUCAAUGUGCCCAAGCAUAGUGCGAGUGUCUUGUUCACCAAACACGUCUGGAUCAAGGUGUAUCGCUUGGAUAGUCCUGUCGUUUUGCGACAGAUAGAGAUGACGGCCAAUGAUGACUUUAGGAUGGGCAGUUGCACGCUAUAA